CCCCUCCCCUCCCCCGCCGCCUCGCCGACUGCUCGGCCGCGCGUCUGAGCCGCCCGGGCCCGGAGCGCAGGCGGCGAGGCCACCGCACCUGCAGCGCGCUCGGGCUGCCAAGCAGCCGCCUCGCCUCCCGCCGCCCGGCCUCCCUCUCCCCCAGCGCCGGGUCUCCUGUGACACCCGAGACCCCCGGCCGACGACAAUGACCACUUCCCUGCAAGAUGGGCAGAGCGCCGCGGGUAGGGCGGCUGCCCGGGACUCGCCGCUGACCGCCCAGGUGUGCGGCGCUGCCCAGGGGAGGGGCGACGCCCGCGACCUGGCGCCUGCCCCCUGGUUGCAAGCGCGGGCGCUCCUGCCCCCUCCGGACGGGACCCGCGGCUGUGCUGCAGACAGGAGAAAAAAGAAAGAUCUUGAUGUUCUGGAAAUGCCAUCUAUUCCAAACCCUUUUCCUGAGUUAUGCUGUUCUCCAUUUACAUCUGUGUUGUCAGCAGGCCUGUUUCCCAAAGCAAAUUCAAGGAAAAAACAGGUAAUUAAAGUAUACAGUGAAGAUGAAACCAGCAGGGCUGUAGAGGUACCCAGUGACAUAACUGCCCGAGAUGUUUGCCAGCUGUUGAUCCUGAAGAAUCAUUACAUUGAUGACCACAGCUGGACCCUUUUUGAGCAUCUGCCUCACAUAGGUCUAGAAAGAACAAUAGAAGACCACGAGCUGGUGAUGGAAGUGCUAUCUAACUGGGGAAUGGAAGAAGAAAAUAAACUAUACUUUAGAAAAAAUUAUGCCAAAUAUGAAUUCUUUAAAAACCCAAUGUAUUUUUUUCCAGAGCAUAUGGUGUCUUUUGCAACUGAAACCAAUGGUGAAAUAUCCCCCACACAGAUUUUGCAGAUGUUUCUGAGUUCAAGCACAUAUCCUGAAAUCCAUGGCUUCUUACAUGCAAAAGAACAGGGAAAGAAGUCCUGGAAAAAGAUUUACUUCCUUCUAAGAAGAUCUGGUUUAUAUUUUUCUACAAAAGGGACAUCAAAGGAACCACGGCAUUUGCAGUUUUUCAGCGAAUUUGGCAAUAGUGAUAUUUAUGUGUCACUGGCCGGCAAAAAAAAACACGGAGCACCGACUAACUAUGGAUUCUGCUUUAAGCCUAACAAAGCGGGAGGGCCCCGAGACCUGAAAAUGCUCUGUGCAGAAGAAGAGCAGAGUAGGACGUGCUGGGUGACCGCGAUUAGAUUGCUUAAGUAUGGCAUGCAGCUGUACCAGAAUUACAUGCAUCCAUAUCAAGGUAGAAGUGGCUGCAGUUCUCAGAGUAUAUCACCCAUGAGAAGUAUAUCAGAGAAUUCUCUAGUAGCAAUGGACUUCUCAGGCCAGAAAAGCAGAGUUAUAGAAAAUCCCACGGAAGCCCUUUCAGUCGCUGUUGAAGAAGGACUCGCUUGGAGGAAAAAAGGAUGCUUACGCCUGGCCACUCAUGGUAGCCCUACUGCCUCUUCCCAGAGCUCUGCCACAAACAUGGCCAUCCACCGGUCGCAGCCGUGGUUUCACCACAAAAUUUCUAGAGAUGAAGCACAGCGAUUGAUUAUUCAGCAAGGACUUGUGGAUGGAGUUUUCUUGGUACGGGAUAGUCAGAGUAACCCGAAAACUUUCGUACUGUCAAUGAGUCAUGGACAAAAAAUAAAGCAUUUUCAAAUUAUACCAGUGGAAGACGAUGGUGAAUUGUUCCACACUCUGGAUGAUGGCCACACGAGAUUUACAGACCUAAUCCAGCUGGUGGAGUUCUAUCAACUCAAUAAGGGCGUUCUUCCUUGCAAGUUGAAACAUUAUUGUGCUAGGAUUGCUCUUUAGCCAAACCAGAAGUGACCUGUUAAACUGUUGAAGAAAAAGGACUCACGACACAAAAAAAUAAAAAUAAAAGAGAAAGAAAGAAAGAAAAGAAAGAAAGAAAGAAAGAAAGAAAGAAAGAAAGAAAGAAAAAAGAAAAAGAAAGAAAAGGCAAGGAAAGACCAUAAAUAAGGGAGAAAACAUUGCCAUGGUGAAAAGAAUCUAUUUCACCUACAAGUUACAAAAAAUAGCUGUGCAUUGCAGAUAAGCAAAGAUUUGAAUUGACAUUACAUUUAUCAUCUAAAAUUCAUUAGUUAAAAUUAAACCUCAGAAAAAAAUGAUUUGGUGUGUUCUUGUGUGAUUUUACAUAACUAUAGUAUUUUCGUCAAAUAUGCAUAUUUUAAACAUCUUUCUGUCCUCAUUUAUUAGAGUAGCAUUUGAAUUCUUAAACACAAAGUAUGAAAAAACUGAGAGGGUUCAGAAUGAAUUAUUUGCAGACUGAAUUUCAAUUACACUACUUUUUUUUGUAACUUCAGAAGAAUGAUAAAAUCUUGAGCUAUCAAUUGAAAGAAACUACCCACAACUUGUUAAUAAAACUAAAAAGUAUUUUGAAUUAUA